AUGGUUCAUUGUAUAGCCCCUGAUACAAAACCGGACGAGCAACAACAAGAGUUUCAUGGCAGAGUAGACCACCCUGAUGAUCAAAAUUCCACAAAACAGUUGCUAAUAUCGUCUUACAAGAAGAACAUAUACCCUACAUUGAAGGCGGAUAUCAGUCAGAAUCCGCAAGAUUCAUCUUUUCCAACUUCUAAAUCAUCGAAAUCAAGUGAGGUUGAAUGGAACAGCAGCUGGUGGGAACAAUUCAAGGUCUUGUUGACAAGGGGUGUACAAGAGAGGAAGCAUGAAUCCUUUUCGGGCCUACGGAUAUUUCAAGUCAUGUCGGUCUCGGUUCUUUCCGGCCUCCUCUGGUGGCAUUCCGAUACUUACCACUUACAAGAUCAGUAUUUUUGUUUGCAGGUGGGACUUUUAUUUUUCUUCUCAAUAUUCUGGGGGUUUUUCCCUCUGUUCAAUGCCAUAUUCACCUUCCCACAAGAGCUUCCAAUGUUAUUCAGAGAAAGAUCGUCGGGGAUGUACCAAUUAUCCUCGUAUUACAUCGCCCGAACAGCCGGCUAUUUGCCGAUGGAGCUCGUUCUUCCCACGAUAUUCGUGACUGUAACAUAUUGGAUGGGAGGACUCAAGCCUUCACUAUUAACAUUUAUUCUAACCCUCUCGAUCGUACUCUUAAACGUGCUGGUCUCUCAAGCGCUAGGGCUGGCAAUGGGAGCCGUUCUAAUGGACGUAAAACAGGCCACAACCUUGGCCUCCGUGACCAUGCUGGUGUUUCUAUUAGUGGGCGGAUACUACAUUCACCACAUGCCUGAUUUCAUAGCUUGGUUAAAGUACAUCUCCUUCAGUCACUACUGCUAUAAACUUCUGGUCGGGGUGCAGUACUCGGCGAACGAGUUGUACAAAUGUGAGAUCGGGAGGCGUUGCAAGGUCGUCGAUUUUCCGGCGAUCAAGUAUUUGGGUCUUGAUUAUGAUAAUAGGUGGUGUGAUGGGGUUGCUUUGAUAAUAAUGUUGGUCGGAUACAGGCUACUGGCUUAUGUGGGUCUAAGAGUAUAUGGAAAACCUGGAUUAUCGUAGCUCUACUUGUUCAAGGUACAGAAUUGAUCAAUCUGUAUACAUCUCCUAAUUAAUUAUUAGCCAGCUGAUCAUCCUGCUAAUUAAUUAAAUUAGAUUUGUUGUACAGUGACUGUGAAUGGUGGUUGUAAA